AUGGGUAAAAACGACAAGAAACCUGCCGACAAGAAGGACGGGGGCAAGUCCGCCGGCGGCAAGAAAGGCGGAAAGGGUGAAAGUGAAGAGAAGGGCGGCAAGGUCAAGGGCGCACAGUCCAUCAACGUCCGACAUAUCCUGUGCGAGAAACAUGGCAAGAAGGAGGAGGCGUUAGCCAAGCUGAAAGACGGUGCCAAAUUUGAUGAGGUUGCAAGGGAGUUUUCUGAAGAUAAGGCCAGGCAAGGUAAGACCUCAGCUCAUCGGAUGACUCGCCGAGAACGGAAAGGGAGGGGUUCUGGAACUGAAAACCAUACAGGUGGCUCUCUGGGCUGGAAGACGAAAGGAAGUCUGGACCCCAAAUUUGAGGACGUUGCCUUCGGUCUCGCUACAAGUACGACAUCAAGCCCUGUCAUUGGAGAGGCAAAGUCGGAGUUUGGAUACCACAUUAUCAUGGUUGAGGGCAAGAAAUAG